UAGGAGGCUCCCAGUUUCCGUGUGCUCCGCCGUUUAUUCGUCACCAGGGCACCCGUUUAUAAGUCUAACUCCGCCGCUGUUGGCUCAGAAGGCCACUGCGCGCCAAUGGUGGGGCCUUUAGCGCUGCACCGCUCUGGACUCCACCAAACCGAACCGUCAUCUGUCGUCCCGCCCUCACUCUCUAUCGAGAUCGCGUGGGGAUUGGGUAACGAGCUCCUCAUCUGCGCCCCCGCCGCAUCCGUCGCCGCAUCUGACGGCGCGACUGGCGGCGCGGUACCAGGAAGGUCUGAUGGCCGACCGAAUGACGUGGCAGGACGCGGCUCGGCUGUCGUCAGCGUGACGUGGGCCGACACGUCAUCAUUUCACCGGCAGAUCGCAGCGGGUGCCUCGUCGCUGUACGAACGGCUGCACGCGGCGAUAUCGACGGCGGAAGAUGCGGCGGAAGACGCGGAGGAGGCGGACCACCGUCGAGACAGGUGGCGACACGUCAGCAGGUGGUCCCGCCACGUCAGCAGGCUCCUCUCCCCGCCUGAUUCGCAAUCCACGCUGGCAGCUGCACGCGCGUCGCCCCACUCCCUUGGGAUCUCCGCCGCUGACCCGUUUGCAGGGAUAGACGCAGAGGAAGAGGGCGAGGAGGAGGAGGAGCUCGCGCCACGUGGCAUCAGCCAGGGUGAGCUGGCAGCCGUCUGGGACCUUCUCCGCCUCUGCUUUCUCCCCGACGAGACACCUGGCACUGCUGCCGACGUGGACAGUGGCAUGGACAUUUGCACGGGUGCUGACGUGGAUAGUGGUGGGAGCGGAGUGAGAGGAGGUGACAGGGGGGGGGCAGCAGGAGGGAGGGGUGGUAGCGCCUACAGCACCUCUUCUGCAUCCGCGUUCCCUCUCCUCUUGCCUCCUCCCUCCCCUGCUUCUUCCGCUCCCACCUGCCAGCCCCUCCUCUCCUGGCUCGCUCAAUACAACGCAUCCCUCCCACCUCUGAAUGCAUCCACGUCAGCAUGCCUUAGAUCCUUGCGGGAUCAGAUGAGCCAAUCAGAGGCCAUACCUCCAGAGGAUCUUGAACCCUAUUGGCCGGCGGUGGCUUCCUGCGCUGCGAUUGGCUGGAGAGACACUGCUACCGCCCUGCUGCGCAUGCAUUCGUCCUACCGUGAGGAUCAAGUGAUUCAGAGGGAGGCGGAGAAUGGGCUGGUGGAGGCCGUGGCGGUACUGCUCUCGGAAAUGCCCAUGCCUCUUGAGCCAAUGGCGGCGCGGGACGCUGCUGAGGUGGCGGCGUAUCACAGGCAUCGCGAUCACUGGAGAAACCGCCUAGCACGGCUCAAGGCGACCCCGUUUUGGGCGGCAGCGGAUGCACCGGCCACAGAGAGGGGGCUGCUCGCCCUGCUGGACCUGCUGCUGGGGAGCUCCCAUGCCGUGGAUGACGUGGCGCGCUCCCAUUGGCUGGAGCUGCUGGCGGCGCGGCUGCUGCACCAGAACCCUCAAGCGACAGCAUCAGCACAGGCGUCCCUCGCGCUGCACUGCUGGCGGGAAGCAGCAGGCAGCAGUGGGAAGGCCACGGGCUCGUCCCAUCCGUUGGAUGCCUCGGACCUCGUCCAACCAUCGUUGGAUCGGCUCCUGCUCGCGUCCUUGUGCCGUGAGACAGAGGUUGUGGUGUCGAUAGCAUCUCGAAUCCUCCCUCCCUGGUUCUUAGUCCAAGUGAUCGAGCUCCUCUCGCUCCACUCGCCGUCCCUCUCUGCACUACCUGCCAAACAAGCUGCCGCAGCUGCAGCCCGAAACGCUGCCUCUGCCGCCCACGUGCCGUCCGCAGCGGACGCUGCUGACAUCAACAGCCUGUCUGUUUUGGAUCUCUGUCGGGUGAAUUACGCCAUGGACCUCCUGUCAGAGGCUGCCACGUGGCAGCUCGCCCUUCCCUACCUCUCCCCCUGCCCACCAGCAGAGCCCUUCAUAGAGCAAGUGCUCCUGUCGCAACCUGUCACAGCCAGCACCCACAGCAGCAUCUCCAAGGCCCUCUUCCUGGUGGAGACGUACGCCCCUGCCUGCUACCCCUCUGCUGCUGCCUUCUUCUCCCGGUCUGCCGCGAUGGCGUGUUGGGACUCACGAAGCGUCGUCACAUCGCGCCACGUGGCGAGCGUCUAUUGGAUGGCAGCGGCCGGGCCUCCAGCAUCAGCACCUAUGGACGCCCUUGUCCUUUUCCUUGCGGACGAGCUGCUGGUGCCGGCCAUCAGGGGGAGGUGGCAUCUGGUGCGGGGCGCACCUGGUCCAGGCACAGGAGCAGACCAACAGGGCUCUGCUGCUAACUUUUCUGCAGCAGCAGCAGCAGUGCUUGAUGCUCUGAGCAGCAGCAGUGGGUCAACAGGCCAGAGUCACCCAUCUCUGGAGUACAUGCUCUCCAUCUGGGAGCUCGUGAAGCAGCUCACAGGUGCUCCUGACACCCGAGCUUCUCCCUUCUUUCCUGCUGCCCCUGCUCCUGAGCCAAUCCAAAGGAGCCACCUGGCAGACCGUCUGGUUCAGGCAUUGCUGCACACAUCGUCGCACUACCCUCGUGUUUUCCUUGCCCUCUCUCAUCUCCUGGCUCAUGCUCUCGAGAGGCGAUCUCUGCCCUUCAAAGAAGCCCACAUUUCAGCCCUCAUCAGCUGCUUGCAGCAGCUCUGCUCAGACACACUCUCACAAGAACACUACGUUCUGAAAAAGGCUCGUGGUUCGGCCGACACAGGCAGUGAAGGCUUGGAAGGGGUAGCUCUGUGGGAUCACUUAGACACCCUCAAGCUGGCACUGGCCAAGGAGCUGAGUGCCAAGAUCCUUUUUCUGUGACUCGCCCCCGUGUCCCCUGCAUGAAAUGUGACUUUCCGAAUGAGAACAACUGCAAAAGGAUGCAACCGGCUGAUUGUACUCUAAAAUGCUUCAUAUUUUAGACAAUUUAACACUAGGGUGUCCCCUCCCAACUAAACGUACACGAAUGUUUUCCCAUCCCAGGACUUGUUGUACAGUACCAUAC